AUGAGGUGGGCACAGGGUUCAGUCACCCUGAGGAUGCCCCUCUUGCUCCUUGGGCUCUGGGUGGUGCUGGCUCCAGCACAGGAUUCUCAAGGCCGUCCCUCAUGGCGCUACAUCUCCUCCGAGGUGGUGAUUCCAAGGAAGGAGCUUCACCUUGGCAAAGGUGUUCAGGCACCAGGUUGGCUCUCCUACAGCCUGAGAUUUGGGGGCCAGAGACAUGUCAUCCACAUGCGGCGCAAGAAACUCUUUUGGCCCCGACAUCUGGUGCUGAUGACUCAGGAUGACCAGGGAACCUUGCAGGUAGAUUACCCCUUUGUGCCUCUUGACUGUUACUACUUCGGCUACCUGGAGGAGGUUCCUUUCUCUACAGUCACCAUGGACACGUGCUACGGGGGCCUGACAGGUAUGAUGAAGUUGGAUGACCUUGCCUAUGAAAUCCAACCCCUCAAGGAUUCCCCAAGCUUUGAACACAUAGUUUCUCAGAUAGUGGCAGACUCCAGUGCCACUGGACCCAUGUAUACACUGGGGUACAAAGAAGAGAGGCAUCCCCUGUUCUCUCAAGUGAAUAGCAGUGCAGCCUCCAGGCUCAGCAGUAAGGCAUAUGCAAGCCACCAAGGAUUUUUCAAAGGAUGUCUUAUAAGUGCCAAUUCAGUUUAUAGGCAAUACAACAAUGUGUCAACAUGUGUCAAAUUCCUGGUAAAUCUAGGUAGUUUAAUGAACUCUAUGCUCCAAAAUGUUGAUUUAAGGUACUACAUCAGCUCCCUAGUCAUUUAUAACCAGAGAGAUCCCACCUCCAUGAGCAGCUAUAAUAUACCAGGGAAUGCGUUUCAUUCCCAUUAUAUAAGCAACAUUUAUCUUCCUCUUCGUCCACAAACAAGCUUAGUUGUGAUUCAAGAUGGGCCCCAUGACAAUAGUUUUACACCAGUCUUAUAUGGUGUCUGCAAAGAAACUAAUCUCCUCAUGCUGGGUGUUUUUUCAAGACAUUAUUUUAUGUUAUCAAUUAUAGCCACCCAAUUAACUGCAAGAAGUUUUGGUUUAUUUUAUGAUGAGCCCACAUGUGUUUGCCAGAGAAGGACCACCUGCAUCAUGGACAGGAUCCCUCUGAUUACAGAUGCCUUCAGUAACUGUUCCAUGUUGCAUGCAACACAUGUAGUUAAUUAUCACAGGGUACACUGUACCUACAGCACUGACUUUGAGUAUUUCAACAGUAGCCUGACAUUACCUAUGUGUGGAAACUCUGUGGUGGAUGAUGGAGAGGAGUGUGACUGUGGCUCCUUCCAUCAGUGUUACAGAAACACCUGCUGCCAAAGUGACUGCACCUUUAGACCUGGAAGUGCUUGUAACACAGGCAUGUGUUGCACAAACUGCAGUUUCUCACCCCCAGGGACACUCUGCAGGCCAAUCCAGAACAUAUGUGACCUUCCAGAGUACUGCCUUGGGCUGACCUCCACAUGCCCUGAAGAUGUGUAUCUGCAAGAUGGAACCCCAUGUAGUGAAGUCAGCUACUGCUAUCAUGGAAAUUGUACUGACCGCAGUGUACACUGCAAGGAGAUCUUUGGUGAAGGUGCAGUGAAUGCUCCAGAUGCCUGCUACACCAUAAAUAAAAGAGGACACCGAUUUGGACAUUGUACAUCUCAUGUUUACCACACCUUAGAGGGUUGUGCUGACGCUGACAUUAAAUGUGGACGCCUACAGUGUACCAAUGUCACACAUCUGCCUAGGUUGCAAGACCACGUUGGAUUCCAUCAGUCUGUGAUACAGGGGUCCUUGUGUUUUGGAGUGGAUUUACACAUUGGGACAUACACAACUGAUGUUGGUCAUGUGAGACCUGGUACCCCCUGUGGUGGUGGGUAUUACUGUAACAACAGUGUAUGCAAUGCUUCUGUUGCUGACAUGAACUAUGACUGCGAACCUUACAAAUGCAACUACAGGGGAGUUUGCAACAGUAAAAGGAACUGCCACUGCCAUAUAGGCUGGGACCCUCCUCGGUGCAUAGACAAAGGUGCUGGAGGGAGUCUCGACAGUGGACCCCCUCCAAGAAGAAUGCGGUCAGUGAGGCAAAGUGAUAUGUCUGUGGUGUACUUUAGGGUGGUCUUUGGGCGCAUGUAUGCCUUCAUAGCUGCCCUCCUUUUUGGAGUGGCCACCAAUGUGAAAAUAAUCAAGACCACUUCCACUCAAGAAACUGCCAUAUGA